GUGAAGCAAAAUGAAGAAUGCGAAGAAUAUCGAGCUUCUGGUUCUUGAAAGACCAGAAAGCAUUCUGGUUUUUCCUGAGCCAAGGCGAAUCGAUAUCCAUUUCCAAAAUAUAUCAAAUUGUAUUGUGUACACUUGUUUUUUCUUGGGGUUGAAUUAAAUCCAACAUUUGUGUUGUUACAUGAUAUUCCCAAGUUUUUUCCAAGAUCAAGCACGUAAGACUUGGAUGACAAAAAUUUGAAGGUGUUGUGAUCGGAUUGAAGUUGAGGACAUGAUGAGUUGUUUCCGAUGUUGCAUGUCUGAAGAGAAAAUCGCUAGGAAGUCAUUGAAAAAGAGCAUAAAGGAAUACCAUGACACAAAAACCUUGAACUCAUUUGCUAACAUCUCCUUCAAAACUGAUAGCAGCAGGAGAAAGUAUAUUACCGAUGAAAUAGCAAAGAUUGGCAAAGGAAAUAUUUCUGCUCGGAUUUUUACUUACCGUGAACUAUGUGUUGCAACUCAAAAUUUUCAUCCUGAAUAUUUGCUUGGCGAAGGUGGUUUUGGAAGAGUUUACAAAGGCCACCUUGAAUGCACAAACCAAGUUGUUGCUGUUAAGCAAUUAGACAGGAAUGGAUUCCAAGGAAAUAGAGAAUUUCUUGUAGAAGUUUUGAUCUUGAGCCUUCUUCAUGCUCCUAACCUUGUCAAUUUGGUGGGAUAUUGCGCCGAUGGUGAUCAAAGAAUUUUGGUGUAUGAGUACAUGGCCAAUGGAUCCCUAGAAGAUCAUCUUCUUGAUUUACCUCCAGGCAAAAAACCCUUGGAUUGGGAAACUAGGAUCAAAAUAGCUACUGGAGCAGCAAAAGGACUUGAAUAUCUACAUGAACAAGCAAAUCCCCCUGUCAUAUACCGCGAUUUCAAAGCUUCCAACAUACUGUUAGAUGAAAACUUCAAUCCGAAACUCUCUGAUUUUGGUCUAGCAAAGCUUGGUCCAACUGGGGAUAAGAGUCAUGUGUCGACCAGGGUUAUGGGAACGUAUGGAUAUUGUGCUCCUGAAUAUGCUCUCACGGGCCAAUUGACAACAAAAUCCGACAUUUAUAGCUUUGGAGUUGUGUUUUUGGAGAUAAUCACAGGGAGGAGAGUUAUAGACAACAACAGACCAACUGAAGAGCAGAAUUUGGUUACUUGGGCACAACCAUUGUUUAAAGACAGAAGAAAAUUUGUAUUGAUGGCAGACCCAUUGCUACAAGGGAAAUACCCCAUAAAAGGACUUUACCAAGCACUUGCAGUUGCAGCUAUGUGUCUCCAAGAGGAAGCUGCAACUCGGCCUCUGAUCAGCGAUGUUGUAACAGCUUUAGAAUUUUUAUCAGUAGAUAACCUUGGUGAAGGGGGUAAUGAAAAUAUGGAGAAUGACGGUGCAGAUGAAGGUACUAAAGAAGAAUGAGAAGAUAUGGUAAAUGAAAAGCCUAUGACAUAGUUAAUGUUUCCUGAGAAAUGUAUUGUGCAUGUUGUAGCUAGCUAGGCUGCUUAAAAAUCAAUACCCCAUUUCACCAUUGUUUCAAAUAUCACUUAUUUAUCUUUUCUCA